AUUUCAGAGUUGCCUGAGGAAUGAGCUAAGACUGGGUCAGGUGACCUUGCAUUGGAGGCAGAAGUUUUUCUCCUGGAGUCCAGCAGCGACCGGAUUGGCUGUUAGUGGGGGUGGAGUAGGCGGCGAACAAGGAGAACUGCCAUGGCUGCGGCUGCACGCGCUCGAGUCACACACUUGCUGAGGCACCUACAAAGCACAGCAUGCCAGUGCCCAACUCAUUCUCAUACUUACUCCCAAGCCCCUGGACCUCCGGGAAAAACAGCAGAUUACGCCUUUGAGAUGGCUGUCUCAAAUAUUAGAUAUGGAGCAGGGGUUACGAAGGAAGUAGGCAUGGAUCUACAGAAUAUGGGAGCUAAGAAUGUUUGCUUGAUGACAGACAAGAACCUCUCCCGGCUCCCUCCUGUGCAAAUAGUUAUGGAUUCCCUAUCGAAGAAUGGCAUCAGUUUUCAGGUUUAUGAUGAUGUAAGGGUGGAACCUACAGAUGGAAGCUUCAUGGAUGCAAUUGAAUUUGCCAAAAAGGGAGCCUUUGAUGCCUAUGUUGCUGUGGGUGGGGGCUCCACCAUGGACACCUGUAAAGCCGCCAAUCUGUAUGCAUCCAGCCCUCACUCUGAGUUCCUUGAUUAUGUCAAUGCCCCCAUUGGGAAGGGGAAGCCAGUAACUGUGCCUCUUAAACCUCUGAUUGCAGUUCCAACUACCUCAGGGACUGGCAGUGAGACUACCGGGGUUGCCAUUUUUGACUAUGAGCAUUUGAAAGUAAAAACUGGCAUUGCUUCACGAGCCAUCAAACCCACCCUGGGACUGGUUGAUCCCCUGCACACUCUCCACAUGCCUUGCCAGGUGGUUGCCAACAGUGGCUUCGAUGUCCUUUGCCAUGCUCUGGAGUCAUACACCGCCAUUCCCUACAACAUGCGGAGCCCCUGCCCUUCCAACCCCAUCCAACGACCAGCAUACCAGGGUAGCAACCCAAUCAGCGACAUCUGGGCAGUCCAUGCACUGCAGAUUGUUGCCAAAUAUCUGAAGAGGGCUGUCAGAAACCCUGAUGAUCUGGAAGCAAGGUCUAAAAUGCACUUGGCAAGUGCUUUCGCUGGCAUUGGCUUCGGAAAUGCGGGUGUUCAUCUGUGCCAUGGCAUGUCUUACCCAAUUUCAGGUUUAGUGAAGACAUAUAAAGCCAAGGAAUAUAAUGUGGAUCACCCUCUUGUGCCCCAUGGUCUUUCUGUGGUGGUCACCUCUCCUGCAGUGUUCACCUUCACAGCCCAGAUGUUUCCAGAGCGGCACCUGGAGACGGCAGAAAUAUUAGGAGCCAACAUCCGCACUGCCAGGAUCCAAGAUGCCGGGCCUGUGUUGGCAGAUGCCCUCCGAAAAUUCCUAUUUGACCUAAAUGUUGAUGACGGUCUGGCUGCUCUUGGUUAUUCCAAGGAUGACAUUCCUUCAUUGGUGAAAGGAACACUGCCCCAGGAAAGGGUCACGAAACUCGCACCUCGUGCCCAGUCAGAAGAGGAUUUGUCCGCUUUGUUUGAAGCAUCCAUGAAACUGUACUAAUUAACAUAUUGGUGAAAAGAAUCCCCAUUGGCCUUUGUGACAGAAGUUACAAAUAGCAGAAGUUGGUCAGAGCUGACCUUUGUCAUCUUAUCUCCACACUUAAUUCACCUAUUGCUGGUUUGAAUGUGAUGUGAUUUUAUCCUUUGGAAGAUUCCUUGGUGCUCAUUACAUAGAACCCAUGGGCCAUACCCCAGGGGUCAGUAUUCCUGUACCAAACCCCAUCAAAUACAUAAUAUGCCAAUCUCCAAACACUGCAUGUCUAGAAAUUUACCCUGAAGAAAUACUAGCUUUAGUGUGCAAAAAAAUAAUGCAUACUAGGAUGCACACAAGGAUGAUUCUGACAUACUUUUGGAUAGUAAAAAUUAAAACAAUCUAAAUAUUCAUUACUAAAUGAAUCCUAAUAUAGUAAAUGAGAGAAUACUGUGGUAUUAUUAAUAAAAAUAAAGUAAAACUCUUGAAAAUAUGUCUGUUUCAUAAAAGAUAGUGUCAGGAAACAAGUGGCAGAAAAGCGAUAAAGAAGAGUCUGACUUAACUUUUCAACUGCAUAUGAGUGUGUCUAUAUAGAGAAAAGAGUGCACAUUAGAAUAUUAAAAGAUAUCAGAGAAGAGAAUUCAGGAGUAUAAUAGAUUAAAGAAAAAAUGUGUACUGAGUAUUUUAUGCUUUCAGGUUUUUUCAGGUGCUGAAAUUAGAAGCCAGGAUCUUGCACACAUUAGGCAAGUGAUCUACCACUGAGCCACAUUCUCAGCUCUUAGGUUUUAAGGUAGAGUCACUCUGUACAUCUUUGGUUUAAGGCUGGUUUUGAAUUUGGGGUUCUUCUGCCUCUGUCUUCCCAGCACUGAAAUUAUGAAUGUGCACCAUACCUGACCUGUUCUCUCAUUUUGUAUUUUAUACAUACUUAUUGUCUGGGUUUGUUAAAGAAAACAAUUUUCUAAUCUUAAUGGGAAAGGCAGUGUUGGGAUAAUGACUUAGUAGGUAAAGUGCUUGCCAUCCAUAUGUGAAGAUUUGAGUUCAGAUCCUCUCCUCACAUCCAUGUAAUUGCCAGCCACAGCUUUAUACAUCUGUAAACUUGGCACUGUGGUGGUAGGUAGAGACAAGCAGAAUCCCAGGGCUCACUGGUCAGCCAGUUGAGAUUCAUCGAGAGACUCUGUCUCAGCAUAUAAGGUAGAAAGUAACAGGAAGACAUCUAAUGUCUACCUCUGAUCUCUACAUGCGCACACAAACACACAUGAACACAUCAUACAACACACACACAUUCACCUGUGAGCCAUAUCACCAUGUACCGUAUGAACAGCACUUCACAAGACUCAAGGCAAGCAAUGGCAGCUAGUGCAGGAUUGCUGUGCAGGGCAGGAGGCUCCAGCAGGAUGUGGCUACACACCUACUCCCUGCACAGCACACUCCACCUUGCUCGGUGGAAAUUUGUGAAAACUUUUUCAAUUCGGAAUUGGUUGACUUUCAGAUCUAGAGCCUGUGAGUAAUGUCUUUCCUGUACUGCUCCAUGGUGUUAUUUAGAGGCCCUGGGGUACUGGAUUUUUGUUCCUGUCACCUGAAUCUUUAUUUAACCAAGGCCUCUUUAGCUUGAAAAUGUUAUAAGUAUAUUUUAUAUAUUAUCUACUCUUGAAUGUGAGAUUCUUUUUAAUUCAAGAAAUUUAAUGAAAAACAAUUUGAGAUAUAAAAAUGAAUUCUUUAUCCU